AGCACGUCUUUGUGGAUAAAGUGCCUAUGGCCAUUGGAAUCGAUUAAUCGACCGAAUUAAAUUUCUGGAAAUUCUCAACGCUGUAUUCAAGUGAGGAAUAUCCACUAGCAACUGGAAUAAGCAGAAAGGGUGAACCGAAAAGGAGUUGAGGCGCGUGUGCGACGUGCUCCUUCCCCAAUCACGCUCACUGGCUUUUUCAAGAUACCAUCGGGGCCUCGACAGCAACUCCGGCCACAAACGAGUCUCGCACUUCGACAGACACGCAUCGAACUCUCCUGAACUCUCGCACCGGUUACUUUAUUUAAGUGACAGUCAGUAAAUUCGAAUAAUUUUUAGGGUAUUAGUUAUCGACAUAAGAUGAAACUGUCUCUGGCGGUGUGUGCUCUGGUGCUCCUGGGAUUCGCCGGGUGCAGUCCCAUUGUGAAGAGGGAGACCAAUGAGAUAAGUCCCAUUAACGAGGUUCUGGUGCUUGAGGAGCAGGGGGAUGCGGCUGACGACGAGCACGGAGACAGGGAGAAACGGAAAAUAGGCGCUGUCAAGCUGGGCGUCACCAAUGGAAUCAUUGGUUUUGUAUUUGGAAAACUUGACUCAUUCCUGGAUGCUAAGACGAAAGCCCUGACGGUUCUGGACGAGUCCAACAAAGCCAAAAACGCGAUUUAUGGUAUUGACAAUACACAGUCGGCAACAAGUGCUUUUGUCAGUGAUAUCUUGGGUAAGAAGAUACAGGCUGCCAGUGCUGGCAUUGGACCACUGAUCAACAGUGCGACGACGUUCGUGUCCUCUGCUGCACAGGGAAUCGUUGGGGCUGUUGCCCAAAAGGUUGCACCUCUUAGUUCGAUUGUUGGAGGUCUUUCCGGAGGGUCAGGAUCAUCGGGAGGAUCUGGUGGCGACGGCGGUGGUUCAGCUGGAGGUGCGCUAAGUAUUCUCAGCAGUCUGAGCGGCAGUAGUGGAGGUCUCAGUGGCAGCAGUAGUGGACCUGAGAAUAACGAUGAUGACAUAAAACCAGCUGGUGGUGCUGGUGCGGGAAUAAAUCUCGGGGCAUUCGCCAAUUUGGGUGGCGGCGGUGGGAUACGAACGACCACCGAGGAGGACAUUCCGGAGUUCGACAGGAAUAGAGUCUCCCUGGAUGUGCCUCCGAAGGCUUUUGGUGCUGGAUUCACAGUUAUCACGGGCAUCAGCAGAGCUGUGGGAAAAAUGAUUCAAAACUCGGCGAAACGCACGGAGCAGGUGUUUGAGGUCUUCAAACCCCUCUUCAGAGGGGCCUUUGCGAUCAAGGGCCUCCCCUCGGACAGGACUUAAUCAAAAUCGUAGAGAUAAAUUAAUUCUAGUGAGUGAUGCUCAGGGAUGGCCUCGACUGUCCCAAUAAUUUUUAUCUUACCGAGGACGUGAGAUAUCCACGGGGAGAACCAAUGACACGGGCAGGGAUCACCUAAUUUAUUUACUUGUCAACAAAUUUAGUAAUGUGCGCGGUGCCAUGGGGAUUCGUCCUCUAUUGCUCAUUUUAAAAUAAUUCUUGUUGUUAUUUAUGUAAUUUGUUUUUUUUGUAUCUUUAAAAGUCUGCGGUCAAUCAAAAUGAAUAAAAUUAAUUUUUUUUCAAUGAAGACAGAAUUUUAUU